UACAGCAGCAGAAAACGCAGAGCUCUUACAAGAACACGUCCAGUGGCCGGUCACGUUUGUCACGAACUUUGCGCGCGAGUUUUAACCUCACUUAUUGUAUAUUUUGACAGCUGUCAAUGUAUAAUUCCAUGUGAUUCACCUGUAUUCACUUGGCCUACGUUGAUUGUGGGUGAUUUAUUGGAGAUAUGUGAAAUGGAUACAAACAAAAAAAUGUGUCGUUUUACAAUUUUUCUCAUCAUUUGUCUGAGUGUAAAUUCGCAUGGAGUAGUUGGAAGCAUAGACGAUUUGGAUGAACAAUGUUCGGUGUGUCUGAAGACAACCUGUAAAACAUUAAAUGGUAUAUACACGCGGCCAGACUUACCGGAGGGUUAUUCCCUAGUAACCCAGAUUCCUGAGGGAGCCUGCAAAAUUCACGUGCAACAACUUAAACAUACCAGAAACUUCUUGGCAUUAAGAAGCCAUAAUGACUCAUAUACCUUCAAUGGCGACUGGAAACCCAGUCACUCAAGACAUUUUGAAGCAGCUGGAACGAGAUUUAGCUAUACAAAACAAGAUAGCAACUCCUUGGAAACCCUAUCAGCUUCUGGUCCUUUGGUUAAUUCCGUCGACAUCCUUGUGGUUAACUUCCAGGCAAAUCCAGGAAUUAAGUAUAGCUAUUCCAUACCAGAUAGUGAGUUACCGAAAAUUGCACCACCAUUGAUGAAGAGGCCCUACGAUGGAGGUGUGGAGUCCAGAAGACUGGACUCCAGUUUUAAUUCGCUGAAUCAGAAGGAUGAAGCUGCUACGCCGAUGUUACACAGGAGGAAUAGAUUAAGGAAGAAGUUCAAAUGGAGUAUAUCAUAUUCGCCUUGUCCGAAAACGUGUGGGGGAGGUUUAAGAAAUCCAAUUUUGACUUGCGUGAGAAACAAUUAUCCAGUGGUGGAAAGAAGAUGUUCUCACUUAGAGAAACCUGUUGUUCAUCCUAUACAAUGCAACAAUGAACCUUGUCCUUCUGUAGCACAUUGGGCAGGUUAUUGGAGUCAAUGCAGUGUAACAUGUGGAGAAGGUACUGAAGAUUAUAUUUCCGAAUGCCGACAAGACGUUGGCUCAGGACGAAGUGUAGUAGUCAGUGAAACACUAUGUCCCAAAAGACCUAUAAAAGAAACAAGAACUUGCGUGCGAGCCUCAUGUGAAAACGAUGCGGACAAUAAAGUAUUAAGUGACGAUGAACCAAAAUACAGAAGUACUAGAAGAGAGCAGUGGAGUAUAGGAAUCUGGUCUGCAUGCUCUGUUAGUUGUGGAACUGGCCAUAGAACUCGUUCCAUAACAUGCCUUAGCGGUUUAUGUCGCCCAGCUGAUAGACCCUUGCAUGCUGAAUACUGCGAUAUGGGUUUAUGUCCAGAUAAUAUACCAUCAAGAUCAUUAAUACGUCAUGAAACAACAAGUAAAAAUGGUCAUCAUAAAUGGUUGAUAUCGGAUUGGUCGCAAUGUUCUGAGGACUGCGGUACUGGGAGCCAAAAUAGGAUGGCAAUUUGUCCAGAUAAUGAUUGUGAGGAUAGUAGUAAGCCUGAGUUGACAAGGAGUUGUUCUAAUGAGAAGCAAUGCGGUGGGCAAUGGUUUACAGGUCCCUGGGGUUCCUGUAGUAAUUCUUGCAUUGGGCCAGCAAAGCAAAAACGUGAUGUUUACUGUGUUGUCAAAUUAAGAGGGCAACCUCAUAUCACCAAUGAUAUGACCUGUUCAUUGCAUUUAAAACCUUAUUCGGAACAAGCUUGUUCUGGAAGUUGCCCUACACAAUGGUUUACUGGGGAUUGGGGUACAUGUGAGGGACCAUGUCCAACAGGUACUCAACGAAGAAAAGUGUCUUGUUUGGAGCCUAAUGGUUACUUAGCCAACAAUUGCCCAAACGAAGACAUACCGAUAUCAAAACGACCAUGCGCAUGUCAGGUCCAAAGGGACGAAAACCGUGACAGAUAUAGACCUGCGCAAGACGCACCAUCUGAUCAAAAUUGUGUGGAUAAAAUCAAUAAAUGUCACUUGGCGGUAAGGGCAAGGUUGUGUAAGUACCCUUACUAUACAAGCCAAUGCUGCGUGUCCUGCAAAAUUGCGCAGCAGGACCUGCUGGUUUAAAUCUGUGAUUGGAAGUUUUUAAGUAGUCAAAAUAAAUUAAUAAACUAUUACUAAGAUAUGGUGACUGUUUUGGGGCAAAUUCACGGUGG